UUCUACCCUUCACUCAAACUCCUCUCACAACCCAUACACAUCUCUUCUCCUUUUCUCAUACAAUUCUCAUACAACUUCAAUUGAUUUCAACACCUCCCAAACUUCCCAUAUCCUUCUCUUUUUCACCCCUUCCUCAUCAUUUCCUAGUUGCUUCUUAUUUUCCCACCAAAUUCACUGCAUGGCCAAAAUGUACAAAUUGGAAAAAACAUCUACAAAACACGACAGGUUCCUAAACCCUUCAUUCUCUUCCACUCUCCUAGACCAAAUUUACCGUUCCAUCGACGAUGGAGAAACAACACCAACCACAUUUUACAGAGAACAAAAGCCAACGGUUAUCAACAAACUAGUAACAACCGAUAGAAAACAAAACUACAACAAACCAAAAACCGAAAAAGCCAUCCCUGUCGUGAAAAAACCCGACAGCAGAAAAUUCCAUCAACGCGACCACGAACAAGAUGCUCUGUUCUUCAGUUCCACUUCCAUUUCUUCCGAUUCUAGCUCCGGUGGAUUCUCCUCCGAUACAGACUCCCUAUACGGCACGAAGUCACGUGCCUCGUCGGGUUUCAUUCCACCGAGACCUAAACCCGUAAGAACAAGCGCCUCGUUCAGAUUCGAAGGCGAGAAACAGAGGAAUCACGUUAUCGACUGUUUUCAUCGAAGUUCAGAAACCAAACUGCGCACAGAAAAUCGCGGCGAGGAAGCGAUUUUAAUAAAAAGCAAAUCAAGAGCGGUAAAGAUUUACAACAAUUUGAAGAAAGUGAAGCAACCGAUUUCACCAGGAGGAAGACUCACGAGUUUUCUUAACUCUCUGUUUCAUAACAAUAAUAACAAUAAUGAGAAGAAAACUAAAGGUUCUUCUUGCUGUAAAGACGAACGAAACAAAGUAGCUUCCACUACGUGUUCUUCUGCUUCUUCGUUUUCGCGGUCUUGUUUGAGUAAAACGGCGUCGUUUUGUCAAAGAGAUAACUACAAGACGGUGCGUUUUUGUGGCGUGGAAGAAGGUAGGGUUAAAGUGGAGGAAGCUACUAGAAAGUUUUUGAAUGAGUAUCGUUGUAAUAGCUACAACAAGAAGAAUAAUGAUUUAGUUUUGUUAAAGGAUUUGCGUGUUAAUCAGAAUGAUGAUGAAGAUGAUGAUGACGUGGCGAGUUGUGCGAGUUCUGAUUUGUUUGAGUUGGAUCAUUUGGGUGUGUUGGGAGAUGGUAGGUAUUGUGAGGAGCUUCCUGUGUAUGGAACAACUCGUGUUAAAUGUUAAUUAAUUAGUACUAAUCAUGUUAUUAGUACUAAUGAUGUUAUUAGUACUAAUAAAUUAUUGUUAAUGAUGGAGUCAUUAUAAUCUAGAAGUCUGUCAUAGAUAUAGGAAUAACAGAACCAUUUUGAUAUUUGUUUGGUUGUUUUCUUAACUAUAUUUGUAUGAUUAAAUACGAAUAGAAGAACCAUUUUGAUAUA